AUGCUGGUGACCUAUUUGGAAGCCAGCCGGGACCUUUGCGAGACGGACUCAAUUCUUUUUGGCGCCGCGCUGGCAACCUGCCGUAUCAUAGGCGCCAAGGUUUCCACGGCUGGACGCGCUACUGGCCAUAGUAGCGCUAUCCCACCAUGGAGUAGAAGAAUUGAGGAACGUAUCGCAAAGGCUAGAGCUCUCAUCGGCAGACUGAUAUGCUUCAGAUCAGGCAACAACAGGCCAAGAAUUGUGCGCACCGUCAGGAUGGCGUUUGCAAAAUGA